AUUGUCAGUAUAUGGAUAAGCAGCAGAUAAUGGAUCUAUCCUCUUCUUCAUCUCCACCUUCCACUGAUUUCAUCGAUCUGAUGAACAAUCAUGACGAUGAUCACCAGGUGAUCGGCGAUGAUGGAUUGGACUCUAAGAAAGAAGAGAUCCUUCCUAGCUAUGAUUUCCAUCCCAUUCUUCCCACCACCGCCACUCGAUUGUCUCACUCGGCUUUAGAUCUCGCCGGAUCUACGACUACUUCUACGCCCGCUAGGGUUCAUUGGUCCGCCUCUGAUUUUAAACCCGUUUCCACUUGGGGGUUUGGAUCUCUCAAUUCUAUUGAACCUUCAAAGUUGGUUCAUGACAAGGGUCAGAAUGCGACUAUUAUGUCCGAGAUUAUUGAUAGGACAAUGAAGAAACAUACCGAUACCUUGCUUCAUGUAAUGGAAGGUGUUAGUGCACGUCUAUCACAGCUGGAGAGCAGAACCCACAAUCUCGAAAACCUGGUCGAUGAUCUCAAAGUUUCUGUUGACAACAGUCACGGCAACACUGACGGGAAAAUCAGACAGCUUAAAAACAUCCUUGUAGAGGUGCAGAAUGGUGUGCUACUAUUGAAGGAUAAACAAGAAAUUCUCGAAACAAAGCAUCAGGUAUCCAAAGUAGACCAGCACACCAAAACACACUCUUUACACGUUCAUCCCACUGCUCAAUCUCCCGCACCAAUCCCUAUGCCGCAGUUUCCUCUUACUUCUUUCCCACAGCCAUCUUCCACUACUGCUCCUUCCCAGCCACCUUCCUCGCAACUACCAGUUCAGCUACCUACCCAGUUUUCUCCUCAACAAGAGCCGUAUUACCCUCCCCCUAGUCAUCCCCAACCACCACCACCAAACAACCCUCCUUACCAAGCUCCUCAAACCCAAACGCCGCAUCAACCACCUUACCAGUCACCGCCUCAGCAGCCACCACCAUCAUCAGGCUACAACCCCGAGGAACAACAACCAUACCCAAUGCAGUCUUACUCGCCAAUCCCUCCUCGUCAGCAGCCACCUACUGGUUCUGCCCCUUCUCAGCACUUCUACAACCCUCCUCAACCACAACCAUCAAUGCACGAUGGAGCAGGUGGUAGAUCUAAUUCUGAUUUUCUGUCCGGCUACUCGUCUGAACCUUACCCAUACAGUGGUUCACCAAUGGCAUCAGCGAAACCGCCACAUAUAAAUAGCAGUGGAACUGGUUAUUCACAGCUCUCAAAUUCACGUCCAUUGCCACACGCUAUGCCAAUGGUUUCAGCCGUCAGCAGCGGUGGUGGCUCUAGUUCCCCGAGAUCAGAAAGCAGAGCCCCAAUCGAUGAUGUAAUCGAUAGGGUGACAACCAUGGGAUUCCCAAGGGACCAAGUCAGAGCAACAGUGAGAAAACUGACUGAAAACGGCCAAGCUGUUGACCUCAACGUGGUUCUGGAUAAGUUGAUGAACGAAGGAGGAGCUCCACCAGGAGGUUGGUUUGAUGGUCGGUAGCCAUCGGCUUAGCUAACUCUGUACAGUACUUAAUAUCAGUUAGGAUCACCUUUGUGACCAAAUAUCGAUUUCAUAGAGCUUGUAAGCCGUAACCCAUUGUGACUUUAUAUGAUUUCAGUUUGAUGCGUAAUUAAAUUGUAGAGUAUGUU